GAUAAUAUGAAUAAUAUUAAGAAUAAUAAUGAUAAUGAUAACAAAUACUAAUAAUUAUUAUUAUUAUUACUAUCAACCAUAUCCUUUUAUACAGUCUAUGGGUUGAACAUAUGUUAAAGAUGCUUUGUCCACUGUUUUCUACAAAAUGUGUGUGGUAUCAGGUGCAAUAAAAUGAACACAUCAUCCCCUUUCAAGACUAGAAACAAGGAAAGCUGGUUAUUAGAUGUCAAUGAGGGCUUUUAUUUUGGAGGGGAAAGGAAACUUGCAGGCGGAAGCUGUGAUGUUUUGGUUCUGCCCUGUGGAGGGAAGGUGUGCUGAUGUGAAAGUGAGUGAGAGAUGUCUUCACUUCUCCCUGCAGUGGCUGAACAACUGUUCCGGGACAUCCAGAGGACAUACCGGGACACGUCUCACAUUCCAGAUGACCUGCUUAUCGCGCUGAAGUUUGUCUUUGGUCCCUGCGCGUUACAGGCUUUGGACCUGGUCGACCAACGUUCAGUCACCUGUCUGUCUUCUCCCAGUGGACGUAAGGCCUUCCAGGUAAUCGGAGCCUCGGGGCGUUUGUACACUUGCUUUGUGUCCUGUCACUACUGCCCGUGUCCGGCCUUCGCCUACACUGUGCUCCGCAGAAACGAAGGCCUGCUGUGCAAACACAUCCUGGCUGCCUACCUCUGUCAGGCCAUGGGUGUGACUCAGCAGGAGAGUGUGUCUGAUCAGCAGAUGUCGUUGCUGCUCAGCGGGACCGCAGCCCCCUGACACGCAGGUACAUUGACCACCAAGCUCAGCAGCAGGAGCAGCACAUCUGGCUCCAAAGGGACAGCAUGGAGACUCCUGAAUGAGGGCCCACGUUUCACACUCACAUUUUGUGCCACUGCAGAGAAGCACUCUUAUGGCCACACUACUGCUCUUCUGCUCUUACAGAUGUCUCUGUGAGAGGUACCAGAUGUUGCUUUAUUUAUUUUAUUUAGUUGAAAGAAACCUCAAUCUGUGUCAACAUCUAUUCAUUGUGUGUGUGCUUCUUGAUUUUUUAAGUUAAUUCUUGCCACAUUAUUAAAGGAAGUAUUGUCCAUCUGUAUGCUGAAGUUACCUCAGACACAUUUUUUAAAACCUUAAUAUAUUUUAUAUGGAAGUGUAAACACAAUCUGUUAUUUCUACCAACCAAACAUCAAACUCUCAGUCUGAUUUCUAUUCUUCUCUACUUCACUCUUUCAUCAGUCUUUCUAUGUGACUUUUCCCAUUUUAGGUCAUAUUAUUAAAAGAAGUAUUGUGCAUCUGCAUGCUGAAGUUACCUCAGAAGCAUUUUUAAAGCAGAAUAUAGUUUUGUCCUUUGCUCUAUUUUGUGAACAUGAAUCGUCACAUUUUGGAAAUUGUUUUUUUUAUGGAAUAAAGAUUGAUCUGUAACAAUA